AUAAUGGAUAUCACAGUUCGGUUGCUGCGUUCAAUGCCGAUGCCAUCGAAACAGUGGCUCAACUGCUUGGAUAUGGAUUUGGCAUGGGAAUUGAUGGUUGGUGGAAUUCAUGUCAACGCAAGUUCAUCAUGAGUAGCGUCUGGCCGGAGGAAUCUUCGAGCACCUUUCCCGACCGCAGAACAUUUUCGCAGUGUUCGUCCGACGAACUAGAAUCAUUCACUUAUAGUAUAUAUCCAGAGGAAUUCCGACCAACCUGUCUGUUGCCCCCGACCGCUUCCUUUAUCAUGGACUUCUGCAAGGGUCUUUCCGGUAAAAUCCUGACAUUAAACGAGCAAUGCCAACUUUUCUUUGGCGCAUCUAGCUCACGAUGUACUCUUCCGAAUGUUCAAGAUUCCGUCACCGAAGCCCAUCUUGCAAAGGGAUACGUUGUCGAUUGCCACAACGAAUUCCAACAACCGUUCUACUGCACAGUCCCGAAUAGUGCCCAUUGUGAUCCCAUACCUGACGUUUCUAUGGGAACCAAAUGCGUCAUCGAUGGAGUUAGGAAUCCAAAUAACAUUUGCAACCAGGGUUUCUGCGAACGAAAACCUCUCUGCGACGACGAAAGCAGCAGCAGCAAUGACUAAACUUAAUGCGACGACGAUAGCAGCGGACGAUCAUGAUCCCGAUACUGAUGCUUCCAAAAACAUUUAUUACAACUUGAAGAUCCUCUCAAAAUAACGAAAUUCAUAUUAAUAAUAAAAACACUGUAUUUUUUUAAAGAUAAACUGUCUGUAUGCCCAUAUGGAUGAAUUAUUUUCGAAUAUUAUUCCUAUGGUGUACUUUUUUGAAGCUGCUAUUUGUCAACA